AUGUACGACAGCGACGGCAUAGAUAAAGACUGGGCUCGCAAGUACAUCUUGGACCCUCUAACUGCUCCUGAGCCCAGCGAAGAAACUGGUCUUGGAUCCCCUCACUACAACCCGCACCGCAUCUCGCUGCAGGCUCUACCAUCUCACACCCGCCAGCGACCAGCAAGCCCAGCUUCAAGCUCAAGCUCAUUUUCAGAUCUUGGCGAUAGAGCUGCAGCCUCUUAUCCUACACCUCCUUCUACAGGCAACCCCGAGCACAAAUUCAGCCAAAGAAAACGGCUGCCGCCUCCACCCUCAGCGAAUCACACGGCUCAACACAGGAAUUUCCAUCCGACAAAUCCGUUUGCCUCUUCUCCGCAGCCGUCUAAUGGCAAAGUUUUCGGGAAGCAGGCCUCUAUGAACCCGCAUAACCGCAGUAACUCAGACUUAGGCCACCAUAGCCAGCCUGGAGCUCACAAACACAGCCACCGCCGUCCUCGUACUCAGUCUCUUGGCGAGCGCUUCCCCGGAGACAUGUCGCAUCGUCCUCUGGAUAUUAUUAUCAAUGAUACCCGCGCUGCUGACCGUCAACGCCGUCACCGACCUCGCGUUUCUGAAACCGACGUCAUCGAUGCUCUCGACACAAUCGGCGGCAUGUAUCACCACGGCGGGCCAUACGAUGCCACCCUUCGGAGCCGAAACCUUGACCCCAGAACCUCGCCGGUUGCUGCGGUGCAAGAGUCAAACAUGGAGGCCUUGCGAGCUACACCUCGGGAAUACGUCAUGGACAGCCUCCGGCAUCACGUUCCUCUCCAGGGUACUUCAACCAUCCCCUCUGGAGAAUAUGACUAUCGCGGGUCUCGGAUGAGUUAUGAAGAAGGCGCCGAUCUCAUGAGGGAACCAGAUGCUCCUGGUGGCCCGUACAAGCGUUAUGCGGACACUAAAUAUCAUCCGGACGAUCUCAAAGGAAAAGGAGAGCCGUCCUACUCGCUUGAGCGGGCGCUAAAGGAGAAGAAGCGUGCCAAGAACGGAGAGCCCGACGAGAUUGAGAUGCAGUCCGGCUUGCGCAGUCGCAACCCUCAUUCUAAAUCCAAGCAUCAGCGUAGCAUGACUGUUGCGCUGCGUGGAAGCUCUUCGGCCACUGGCAAUGCUUACAAUGACUCCGAGCUUGGGCGUCGCAACUCGACUGGCAAGAAAAUAAGUGACAGUUUGAAGCGACGAUGGGGCAGCAUUCGCGGUAGGAAGUGA